GUGGUGCUCAUAUCAGUGGACCGCUUUGUCGCCAUUAACGACCUUUUGACCUACCACAAAUGUAUAAAGCUUCAAACUGUUCUGUUGUUUGUUUCGGUCAACUGGCGAUUUUGCUUUCCGAUUUUUACUUUUUUGUUGUUUCAAUAAUCUUUGUGGUGAUUUUAUGUCUGUUUUAUAAGCAUAAUCGUUUAACAUAUUUUUGUCUAUAAGAUAUAGUUCAGUGUUUUAAUUUAUGACAACACACAAAUGAAACGCAGUGACGCCAGGGUCACACGCAGGUUGUAGUUCAGGAUCCGUCCUCCAGAUGGUGCCAUCCACAAACAAAACAUAAUCAGUGGCCCUUCGGUCAUAACAUCCUUCGGAUUAUUCUGUCUGUGAUAAUAUGAUAUAUUGUCAUAUUUUCACAUACAUUAAGUUAAUAAAGUAGAUCAAAUUAACUGGAUUAAAUAAGCAAUAUUGGUAAAAAAACAAUAUACAAUGUAAUUAUUUUUUAUUAAAGUCAGGUGUGUUUCAGAGGUAAUCAGGUGAAUCUGAGGGUUUCUUCCUCAUCUAAUGAUGGAAUUUCUGACCUUUUCAAAGCUCAAACUGAGUGGGGGGAUCAGUUUUCUGGUAUGCGUUGACAGCUGAGAUCCAUUGGAACAUUUGCCUAGAACAGGACCACAGGCAGAAGGCGACUCACAUUUAAUGUGAGAUGCACUGUGGGAAAAUGGAAGCUGGUGGUUCAACUGGGCCACCUACAGUACCUAUCAGACUGUUUCCUGCACAAAGCUGUGGUGUUGAAGGCAGAAAAGUAAAGUAAAUUAGACAUUUUCUGCCAGUCUUCUAAACAGAACAAAUGUAAAACCACAGGAGGCUGCGAUCCUUUCCUACGUAGUCCUCGAAAACAGGGAGGAGUAAAACAACCUUAUCAGGGAGGGUCAGUGUCUGAAAGCUGCCAGAGCUCCACAGCUUCUCUGUGACCAUGGAGGAAGCUGAGCUCUGCUUCCCACAGCUCCUCAACGCCUCGUGCAAAAGGCCGACGGAGCAUCAAGCUGAGAGCGUUUUCAUUUCCGUCCUGCUGUCCUGCAUCUCUCUGCUCACGGCAGUUCUCAACCUGCUGGUCAUCGUCUCCAUCUCACACUUCAGGCAGCUCCACACUCCCACCAACCUCCUCCUCCUCUCUCUGGCCGUCUCUGACUUCCUCGUGGGCCUCCUGCUGAUGCCCAUUAGAAUCAUCCUGAUAGAAAGCUGUUGGGUUUGGGGGAAUGUCCUGUGUGGAGUGUUUCAGUAUGUCUCAUACAUCAUCACUUCGUCAUCUGUGGGAAACAUGGUGCUGAUAUCUGUGGACCGAUACGUGGCCAUUCAUGACCCUUUGACUUACUCCACUAAGGUCACACAUGAGCGGGUUCGAGUGUGUGUGUGUGUGUGUUGGGCCUGUUCUGUCUCCUACAACGGUUCCAUUCUGCACGACUUCCUCAUGCACCCAGACGCAUAUAACUCCUGCUAUGGGGAGUGUGUGGCUGUCAUCAACUAUGUAACGGGAGCUGUAGACGUUGUGUUGACAUUUAUUGGUCCAAUCACAGUCAUCAUUGUUCUGUAUAUGAGAGUCUUUGUCGUUGCUGUGUCUCAAGCUCGAGCCAUGAGGUCUCAGAUCGUGUCGCUCCAGGGUUCGAUUUGUGUAGUUUCUCAGAAGUCAGAGAGGAAAGCAGCUAAGACUCUGGGAGUGGUAGUGGUUGUGUUCCUGGUCUGCUUCUGUCCGUACUUCUAUCCCUCUCUGGCGGGUGAGGACACGUCUCCAUCCACCACAGCAGCAUUUUCUGUUUUCGGUGUGUGGCUGCUUUACUGUAACUCCUGCAUGAAUCCAGUCAUUUAUGCUUAUUUCUACCCCUGGUUCAGAAAAUCUAUCAGACUCAUUGUUACUCUGCAGAUACUAAAGCCUGGCUCCUGUGACGCCAACAUGCUGCAGUAGAGACGUGGUCAAUUAUAAUGAUUCAGCUGAUGUCCUGAAUGAUGAUUGCUUUAAAAUAAAAAAAGUUUUUCUUCUUUUGGUAAAAUGCAAUAAAAGUCAAUAAAAUGCAAUAAAAUGUUAAUGCACUAACAUUAUGGUGAAACCAUUACACGGUGGGUUGAUGUUGAAGCUCUGGGAUUAUCUUACUAUUUAAUAAAUACCACCAACUAAUUUUUUAAGCUCCUUUUGUGUGAAUCCGGUGUCUAAAUGACCAGAAAUAUUUAAAUUGUGAAAUAUUUGAGUUGACCUAUUAGUUUUUAGAUGAAUUAUUUUGGUAAUAAUUCUUCUGAAAUUAAAAUAAAAUAUCACA